UUAUCCAUUGUGUUUGAUAUAAAAGACAAAAUGACAAGGGUUACACGAGAUUUCCGGGAUUUACUACAAAAAGAUGUUGUCCCAGCAGUAUCUGCAGAUGUGAAAUUCGCUUCAAGUAGAUUUCCUAAUUAUAGAAUUGGAGCUAAUGACCAGAUAUUUGAUGUGAAAGAUGACCCUAAAGUGAUGUCAAUGAAAGAGGUUGUUGGGCGUGAGACAGCGCAGCUUUUGGACCAGCAAAAGCGUAUGUCUGUUCGUGACCUCGCCAAUAAAUUCGAGAAAGGGUUGGCUGCAGCUGCUAAGCUAUCCGAGGAGGCAAAACUCAAAGAAGCAACUUCCUUGGAGAAACAUGUUCUUCUAAAGAAACUUCGAGAUGCAUUGGAGUCUCUAAGAGGACGCGUGGCGGGUAGAAACAAGGAUGAUGUAGAAGAAGCCAUUACAAUGGUUGAAGCUCUAGCUGUUCAGUUGACUCAGCGAGAAGGAGAGCUGUUCAUAGAAAAAGCAGAAGUGAAGAGGCUGGCGUCUUUCUUGAAGCAGGCCUCAGAGGAUGCGAAGAAACUUGUCGAUGAGGAAAGAGCUUUUGCGCGUGCUGAGAUUGAAAGUGCAAGAGCAGCUGUACAAAGAGUGGAAGAAGCCCUGCGAGAACAUGAACAGAUGUCUCGAGCCUCUGGGAAGCAGGACAUGGAAGAUCUAAUGAAGGAAGUUCAAGAAGCUAGGCGGAUUAAAAUGCUGCAUCAGCCAAGCAAGGUAAUGGACAUGGAAUAUGAGCUGCGAGCACUGAGGAAUCAGCUUGCAGAGAAAUCUAAACAUUUUCUUCAACUACAAAAGAAGCUUGCAAUGUGCAGAAAGAGCGAAGAAAAUAUAACCCUCUUAUACGAAAUUGAUGGCACUGAAGCUCUAGGUUCUUGUUUACGGGUCAGACCUUGCUCUGACGAUGCCCCUGAUCUUUCAAAGUGUACGAUGCAAUGGUACCGCUCAUCUUCCGAUGACAGCAAGAGGGAGCUUAUUUCAGGUGCCACAAAAUCAGUCUACGCUCCAGAGCCUUUUGACGUCGGACGAGCCUUGCAUGCUGAUAUCAUUUACGAUGGCCAUACGCUUUCAUUAUCCACAGUGGGAAAGAUUGAUCCAGCUGCUGGAUUGGGUAGCUACGUGGAGGCACUAGUACGAAAACACGAUGUUGAUUUCAAUGUAGUUGUAACUCAGAUGAGUGGGGAAGACCAUUCAUCAGAAUCUAUCCACUUGUUUCACGUUGGAAAAAUGAGGAUAAAACUUUGCAAGGGAAAGACAGUGAUUGCAAAAGAGUACUACUCAAGUGCAAUGCAGGCAAGUUUAUGUGGGGUGAGAGGAGGUGGAAACGCAGCAGCUCAGGCAGUGUAUUGGCAGGCGAAGAAAGGAGUGUCCUUUGUGGUGGCUUUUGAGUCCGAGAGAGAAAGAAACGCUGCGAUCAUGCUUGCACGCAGAUUCGCUUGUGAUUGCAAUGUGACCCUUGCCGGACCAGACGACAGAACAGAGACGGGUCUUAACUAA